CUUCUUUUUUAUUGUGCGAUGAAUUUCAGUUUCAACUUUCACAGUAAAAACAUAAUAAAUUGAUUAAAAUGAAUUAUUACUAACCAACUCUCGGUGCUUAAUGAAAGAUUUUAAAAGAUGCGAUGAAACAAAUGAUCGAGUCAAAACCUGAAAUAAAUUUAUUGUCAAACACAUGUUCGAUUGUAGUUUGUUAAAAAUAAUUCCGUAGCUUGAAAGCGAUGAUAUCACCGCAUGAUAUAUCCGCCAUAACUGCUGAGAAGAUGAAGCAGUUGAGGUCCAGCAACGACCCCGUUCUCAGGAAGAUGGUCUUGGUGAACAAUCUCUUGCUGAAGACGACGAAUAUUGGAAGCGGAGACUGUGUAUACGAAUAUAAUGCCGUGGAAGUCGAGGAUGAUCACACGGAUAAAUCAGACGAUGGACCGUCGCUAGAAGACAUUUCUUUUCCGACUCUAGAAACCGAUCAGAUUUGAAGAAUCAGGAAAAUAGCAGCUAUAUAACCGCUGAAUGGAGAGACAAGAAAAACUUGAGUUGAAGGAAGAUUGGAAACUUUUAGAAGCAGAAAAAUUAAAUUAUUUAUUCGAAGAAAUCCUCAGCUCCUGAUUAUUUUCGAAGAUGAUCUUUGAAGAACAUAGCGAAGAAAUGUAUGACUUUAGCAGCAAAUAAAAAAAAAAUCGCAGUAAAUUUUUAUUUCAUUUCUAUUAAAAUUAAAAUUUUCAUAAAAGUA